AUGGACAGCGAGAAGACCAUGAAGGGCUUUACUGCCAGCCCCAGCCGCAGCAGCAGUGCUCAUGCCCCCUCCACUACCCUUGACGAAAAGAAAGAGGCCCAUCAUCCCGUCGCCAAGGACCAGUACCAGCAAGACGUCCUCAAGAUUGCUCAACGCACCUAUCCGAAGGAGCUCCCCCCUGCCAUGAACACAAUGCUAAUCCACCACAUCCGUGUCUCUGGUGCAUACGCCGAUGCCCGCGAUGAGUUCGCUGCCAUCUCUCAGCCAACUGCUCUCGGUUGGUCUGAAGUUCACUGCCUGUACAAGUACCUUCUGUCUUUUGAGCUCAGCCACCCCGAUAGCAAGACAGGAGGUCACCUCACCAAGUACGGGGAUCUUCACUACUUCUUGACCGCUGUGUUCUUCAACUGGGAGACUGGAAAGGAAAUCCGACCCCAGCCUGUCCUUCCUGAGCAAGCCUUCGACGACUAUGCUAAAGAUGUCGGCCUGCUCAUCCGUGACCUCGAACCCAUCGUCAACAAGGAUGGGUCCCUUGAUACUUCCGGACGCCGCAUGUGGGACCAAGCCUACUUGGCUUUCAAGGCCAACCAGGAAACCCUGGACUGGAAUCUUGCCAUCUACGCCGCUCGCAAAAAGGUCAUGGAGUUCCAUGAAAAUGGUUUCAAGAUGUACAUGAGAAUCCCUACCCACGAGAACAUCGACAUCAAGAACUGCUGGCUCGUCAAGCACCACUUGCCCGACUUGGCCGAGUCCUUGGAUCACGAGCUCGACUACUGA